UCAGAAUAAAAAAAUAGAAAAAGAUAAUAUAUCCUAUAUUACUCUGUCCGGAUAAGGAUAAGGCUUUCAUCUUCUUUGUAUAUUCGCUCUCUCUUUCUCUCUCUCUAAUAAAAGACUUCCUUUCUCUCUCUUCUUUGUGUGGUAUAUAUACUCUUUAGGUUUCUCCAUUUGUAUCUGCCUUUUUAACAUAAAGUGAAAGCUAUGUCGAUUGCUUUGGAGAGGAACAAUACGACUGAUCAGAUCGAACGGCCAGAAUUUGUGCACGGAAUGGCGUUUGUUCCGAUCUAUAAGUCGCCGGAUCUAGGCGUCGGAGAAGAAGAUGAGGAUGAUAGGACUUCUUCUUCGUCUUCUUCCAUUGGCAGGAAUAGUGAUGAUUCACCGCCGGCGGGAGGGUCUUCAUCGGACGGCGAUGGCGGUGAGAGUGAAGAGGUUCAGAGUGCUUUCAAACCUGGUGCUGCUCUGGAUAAUUUGGAGUCUUUGGAGGAGGUUUUGCCAAUAAAGAGGGGCAUAUCAAGAUUCUAUGCUGGUAAAUCAAAAUCUUAUACUAGUCUAGCUGAUGCGGCAUCAUGUUCCUCACUUAAAGAUGUGGUCAAGCCGGAGAAUGCAUACACUAGGAAACGCAAGAACUUGCUUGCUCAUAGCAAUUUCUUUGACAAGAACCGGAAUCACUUCCCAAGAAAUAAUGGCAGUGGGUUACACAAGAGACCGAUAAACUCUAGAAGCUCAUUAGCUUUUGGUGCAACCUCAAGCUGCUCUGACAGCAAUAAUAGUUCCGAGUCUUUUAACUCAAAUGCAUCAUCACCUCGUUUCUCUCUUCCUCCUCUGCCUCCACAAUCAAGAAGAUAUAGCAUUGAGCCCUCGUCAUCACCUCCUGAACAGAAGCUUAGUGCAUGGAGGUCUUUCUCCUUAUCGGAUCUGCAAGGGGCUGCUGCUGGAACUCCCAGCCUAACGGGCAUAAAGGAAUAGCAAAGAUAUCCUGAUGAUAGCUUAUUGUGUCACCCUAUGAGCCUGAUAGGUUUCAAUGGAGGUUGGCUUAUUUUAGAAGUUAUAGGCUUCGAUUUCUUGCCCUGCCUCUGUGAUUAUUCCUCAAGACGUAAAACCAAGGUCUUGGCAUCUUUAACAUGUAAUUGCUUCUGCUUGCUUCUUAACCUUUGGGUUUUCUCUUUAUCGUGUUGUAUAUUUCAAUGUGGUGUUUGCCUAAAAAAUAUUUCAUUUUAGAGUUCA